AUGCUGCGCCCUUUGGUCACCCUCAACGCUCAGGCUUUAUCUUCGCUCUCAGUUGUGUGCAAUUCUUCCCGCACGAUCAUUCCCAGAGGUGUAUUACCUAGAAGAUAUGCAAAAGCAGCAGCUACCCCCGAGGAUUUGCCACUUGAUAGUAGAGAACGUGUGGUAAUUCUCGGAUCAGGUUGGGCUGGCUACAAUCUUUCACGCCGACUAUGUCCCAAGUCAUUCAUACCCAUUGUCAUAUCACCACGCUCAUACUUCGUCUUCACCCCUCUCCUUACCGCUACAGCUAGUGGGUCUCUUGACUUCUCUACCAUUGUUGAACCUGUGCGCGAUCAAAAUUCCAAGGUUGACUUCAUUCAGGCUGCUGCACUAUCGAUUGACCUAAAGAAGAAGACUGUUCUAUGCGAGGCCACUAUUGUCAAGCGCGGUGUCAACGAGACUCCGCGAAGUCUAUCUGAUGAAAGGCUGGUUUUCGAAGGCAAUGAGUCCACCACUCUAAUCUCCACCCAAAAACAACCAAACUGGGACAAAGGCCAAAUAUUCGAAGUUCCUUACGAUAAACUAGUCAUUGCGGUAGGUGCUUUGACUAGCAUAUUUGGUACUCCCGGUGUUCGAGAAAAUGCAAUGUUCUUUAGGGAUAUCGGUGAUGCCAAACGGGUGAAGCGUCGCGUGCGUGAGUGCUUUGAGCUGGCCGUACUGCCCAGUACAACACCCGAAAUGAGGAAGCAUCUGCUUAAUUUUGCCAUUGUCGGCGCAGGUCCGACAGGCAUUGAACUGGCUGGCUCGCUGCGUGACUUCAUCCAUAGAGACGUCCUCUCUCUCUAUCCAUCCAUUGCCCAUCUGCCUAAAAUAAGUCUCUACGAUGUUGCGCCUAAAGUCCUCUCUAUGUUCGACGACUCUCUUUCUCGCUAUGCAAUGGACACAAUGAAGCGUGAUGGUGUCGACAUCUUGACCUCCCAUAAUGUUCAAGGUUUACGCUGGGGUACUCCAGGCGCACCACUGCCACAAAAAAUGGAUCCCAAGGGCUGCUUGACCUUGAUUACUAAAGAAGACGGUGAAAUUGGUGUUGGUAUGUGUGUCUGGGUGACGGGCAAUACGCAGACCAAGUUCGUCCGCAAGAGUCUCGACGUUGUAGAAGCUUUCCCGAAGGAUGACUCCGUCGUGCAAAAUACAACCGCAUUAGUAGAAGAUGGUCAGGACUGGAAAUACGCCAAGGCGGGAUCUGGUGCCUUACUAGUGGAUGGCCAUCUCCGUGUUCAGCUCGAGAACAAAAAUGGUCAGAAAGUGGUACUCAAUGAUGUCUUUGCUCUGGGCGAUAAUGCCAUGCCAGAAACUGGCGCUCCGCCUGCUACGGCGCAGGCUUCUUUUCAAGAAGCUAAGUGGCUGAGCGACCGUCUCAAUAAAAAAGACUGUGAACAGUCUUCGCAGUUUUCUUUCCGCAACAUGGGCUCAAUGGCCUAUAUUGGUAACGAAAAAGCGCUGAUGCAACUUCCUCACAAUGACAGCAAGCCAAUGGCGAUAACUGGACCCUUCCGACAAAUUGGCGCUACAUCACUCACCAUGGCCGUCGCUGCCAACCAACGCAAGCAAGUUCUUAAAGUGGUGAUGAUCUCAUUGUUGCUAGAUCUUAUCUCCUUCACCUUCAUUCUCCCUCUAUUCCCCUCCCUACUAUCAUUCUAUCGUACCCGAGAUCAGUCUCCAACGUCCAUUUUGAACCGCAUUUUCCAUUACCUCGACGCCUACAAGAACGCCUUCGCCCGCCCCAUCGACUCACGCUAUGACAUAGUUCUCCUCGGCGGAGCCCUUGGCUCCCUAUUCUCCCUCUUGCAGGCUUUCGCUGCCCCAGUAAUAGGCCACAUGUCCGACCGCUACGGUCGCCGUCGCGCAUUGUUGACAGCAAUGCUGGGCAACAUCUUCAGCGUUGCGCUCUGGGUCUCUGCAAAGGAUUUUCGCACCUUUCUCGCCAGCCGCGUAGUCGGUGGCCUGAGCGAAGCCAAUGUACAGCUGGCCAAUGCCAUUGUCGCGGAUGUAACAGAGGAAACACGUCGUGGCGCGUCUAUGGCGCUCGUGGGCGCAUGCUUCAGUAUUGCAUUCACGUUUGGUCCUAUGCUCGGCGCUGGCCUGAGUACUAUUGAUAUCGUUGCCGAGAACCCAUUUAUGACAGCCGCUCUCGUUUCUCUUGCUCUGAUCCUUCUCGAGACUGCGUAUCUCUGGAUUUGCUUGCCAGAAACACAUCCCCAGUUCACCACUCUCGCUCAGGAGGUGGACUCUAGCGACUCCGCUGCCAAAAACAUACAAUUUGCCUCUGCCGACACCCCGCAUAAGCAUACAAAUAAUCCUGCCAUACUCAAUACCCUCCACUUCCUCUUCUUACUCCCUUUCUCCGGGAUGGAGUUCUCUCUUCCCUUUUUGACUGCUACGCUUUACGGGGGACUUACUACUGCCAGCCCCGCUGCUCUCAAUGGAAGGCUUCUAUCGAUGAUGGGCUUGAUUGCCUCUCUUUUGCAGGGUACGCUGGUUCGUCGUCUACCCCCACUUUUAACUGUGCGUGCUGGCGUGGUCGCCUGCGCACUAUCAUUCUUCUCACUAGCGCAUGUGGACUCAAUCAAGGGUCUCUAUGCCUCGGGUGCAUUGCUGGCUGUGACGAGCGCUACCGUUGUCACGGGGCUGAACAGUCUCGGGGCUGCUGAAACGAGAGAUGCUAACCGCGGUGCGGUGAUGGGUCGUCUUCGUGGAUGGGGCCAGGCAGGCCGGGCUGCCGGUCCCUUGCUGUUCUGUACCUUGUUCUGGUGGGCUGGUCGCGAGACAGCGUAUACGGUUGGUGGCAUUGCGAUGUCUGGUGUAGCGCUGGGCGUCUUCGGCCUGUUGAAGUCGCCUUCUGUUCAUGCUAAGAAGGAGUAA